UUCGCUUGUCCUUGAUAUAAUUACAACAAUGUAGUAUCCGUGAAUCAUGUUUCUCGGCACGACGUUCAGAGCAAAAAAUGUUUAUUUUGCAUUAUUGUUGGCCUGCCUUAUCGCUGGGAAUUCAUUCCGUUUUGUCGUGUUCGAGGUACGCGUCGAAAUUCUUUUUGACUUAAAAAUGCCUAAACGUAAAAUAAGUGAGGAAAAAAAGUGUGAAGUGAGGAAACUUAACAAAAAACUCAAGAAAAUACAGGAUAAGCUACGACUACUGGAUUCAAGCGAUUCGUCUUUUACGUCAUCUAGCGAAUCUUCAGGUUCGUCUUCGGACGUAGAACCCAAUAAUGAAGAAAUCCAGAUCAUACCUCAAACGGAGACAGCACCAGAACAGAUUGAAGUAGAUUUUGACUUCUUUGGCAGCAAGCCGCUGGACGAGGCACAAAUCGGUGUAGCAAUACACAACGAGAUUGCAGUACGCUGGAGUGCAGUGCUACAAUCGGGGUUAACCAGUGCACAAAGAAGUGACAUUACAGAAAAAUACAAAAUUCCCGAAAAUUGUCUACAAUUGCUACCUCCAAAAACAAAUGAUGAAAUACAACCAUGUCUUCCCGAUGGGGUUCUUAAACAUGACAAAUUCGUUACAGCGUUGCAGUUACAGCUAGCUCACGGCCUCUCAGCCAUCGCAACAAUAAUAAACAAAAAUUUGCCAGUCGCAGAACAGGCUAACGACACAAAAGUUUUGGGGGAAGCAUGUCAAAUUUUUGCAAAUGUCCAUAAUGCGCUUUCAAUUCAUAGAAAGUACAAAAUUUUGCCGCAUUUACAUCCUGAUUGUGCUAAAGUGGCCAAAAACAUAAAAAUGGAUAACAACCUGUUUGGAAAAGAUUUUCAUGAAGUUUUCAAAAACGACCAAGCUCUAAAAAAAUCAAGUGCUGUCUUGAAGAAGAGAGCCUCAACUGCCAUGACUGCGACCGCUGGAACUUCUGGACUUCAGCAGAAAUACCGUCAGUCUUUAAACUACCAGCGCCCCCAAUACAAAGGGAAAUUCAAAGAAGGAGUGAGGAGAGAGGAGAGGCUGCCGAGGGAAAGAAGCAAAUGGAACCAGCGCAAGGAACAACAGUACCAUCAACGCAGGAAGUAGGCGGUUCGAAUAAGGUAACUAAAUAUGCAGGCCGAUUAAAUAAAUUUUCACAAGCGUGGAAAAAUAUUACCCAAAACAAAGUAGUCUUAAACUGGGUUCAGGGAAUAAAUCUCCCCUUUCAUUCAAAGCCUAAACAACUGCGGGAGCCUAAAAAUUACAUAGAAAAGGGUCAAAUUAAAGAUUAUGAGAGUUCUAUAAAAAACCUAAUAAAAAUUGGGGCUAUUUCAAAAUGUCUCCCAACAAAAAAUCAAUAUUUAUCGCCUUAUUUUAUAAGAAAAAAACCAAAUGGAGAAAAUAGGUUUAUAUUAAAUUUGAAAAAACUUAACAACUAUAUGGAAGCUCCGCAUUUCAAAUUAGAAGACCAUAGAACAGUGUUAAGACUGUUGCACCAUAAUAAUUAUUUAGCAAAAAUUGACCUCAAGGACGCUUAUUUUUUACUGUCAAUGCAGAAAAAAUAUCGAAAAUACCUAAGAUUUAAAUUCAGGAAUGUCAUGUAUGAGUUUAACUCACUUCCAUUUGGUUUAAGCGUAGCGCCAUUCAUUUUCACCAAAAUAAUGAAGCAAGUUGCAGGAUUUCUAAGGAAAUUAAAUAUUCUAUUAAUUUUCUAUCUUGAUGAUAUUUUACUUCUGGCAGAUAGUAAGUCACAAUGUAUAAAAAAUAUAAAAACUACAACACAAUUGCUAGAAAACUUAGGUUUUAUAAUCAAUAUUAACAAAAGCGUAUUACAGCCACAACAGACAAUUAACUUUCUUGGGUUUUCUUUUAAUUCAGCAAGCUUAAAAAUUUCAUUACCAGAAAAAAAAAUAUAUUCAAUAAAACAAAAAAUUAAGCAAUUUAAAAGGAAAAACCAAUGCACUGUAAGAGUUUUUGCACAGUUAUUAGAGAAAUUAGUAGCGUCAUGUCCAGCAACAAAAUACGGGUUUGCUCAUUUAAAAAUUUUGGAAAUAAUUAAGCACUCAGCUAUUCGAAGUGAUUAUCAAAAUUACAAUAAGAAAAUGGAAAUUUGCGACUCAAUAAGAAAUGAAUUAUCAUGGUGGGAAAAUAAUAUAGGGAAAGGCCAAGAUAUAAAACCACAUCAAUUUAAAUUAGAAAUCUUUUCAGAUGCUUCACCUACAGGUUGGGGUGCCUUCUGUGGAAAAAAUACUUUUCAUGGGUUUUGGGACAAAAAUGAAUCUCAAAUGCACAUAAAUUACUUAGAAAUAAAAGCGGCAUAUUAUGCACUAAGUUCAUUAACGAAAAAUAAAACUAACAUACGGAUCUUACUGAGAAUUGAUAAUCAAACCGCUAUUUCUUGCAUAAAUCGAGGGGGUAGUGUCAGAUUUCACCAUCUGAAUGAUGCUACAAGACUUAUCUGGGAAUGGUGUGAAAACAAAAACAUAUCAAUAUUUGCAAGUUACAUUACGUCAUCAGAAAAUUUUAAAGCGGACAAAGAAUCUAGAUCGUUAUCGAUCGACACGGAGUAUCAAUUAAAUCUUUACGCUUUUACGAAAAUUAUUCAAAAUUUCGGGGAACCAGAAAUAGAUUUAUUUGCCUCAAGAAUUAAUAAUAAAUGUAAAAAAUAUAUAUCUUGGUUUCCCGAUCCAAGCUCAUUUUCAGUCGAUGCAUUCACAAUUUCAUGGACCGCAUGUUAUUUUUACGCUUUUCCGCCUUUUUCGUGCAUUCCUCGAGUCUUAGAAAAAAUUAUUGAGGAAAAAGCACUAGGUAUAAUGGUUGUACCAAAUUGGCCCUCGCAACCCUGGUUUCCUAUCUUCCAAAAACUUUUAACUGAAGAUCCGAUAUAUUUUAAACCUAAUCCUAGCCUCCUUUUAUCUCCUUUUAGGACCAGCCAUCCGCUAUGCAAGGAACUUUCCCUGGUGGCAGGGAAAUUGUCAGGAUCGCUUAUCAAAUAAAAGGAAUUCCGGCGACAGCGAUACCAACAAUGAUCAAUUCCUUAUCAGAAGGCACCUUAAAGCAAUAUUCCAAUUGUUUUAAAAAAUACUGGGAGUUUUGCAAUGAAAGGCAAUAUAUAAACCCAUUUAUUUACAGUAUAGGUAGAUAUUUAGAAUUCUUAGAACAUGCAUUAAAUAAAGGAAUGUCUUAUUCUGUCAUUAAUUCUUAUAGGUCGGCUUUAAAUCUUAUAUUUUCGCCGAAAGAACAAGACUUAAAAUGCAUUAAUAGGUUUCUCAAGGGUGUAGCAAAUAUAAGACCGCCGGAGCCGAAAUAUUCGUACAUCUGGAAUCCGGAUUCGGUACUAGCAGUUUUGAAAACGUGGUACCCAUUAAAUUCCUUGAAUAUCGAAAAACUAACCUAUAAACUUACUUUUCUAAUGGCAAUUGCAUCCGCCAGUAGAGUACAAACUUUAACUAAAAUAAAAAU